CCUACCCACCGAUCUGUCCUCUCCUCUUCCGAUUGGGCGCUCUUUCGAUUAGGGUUUCGUUCGAUAUCGUCGUCGUCGUCGUCGUUGUCCUCGUCGUUACUCUUCUUUUCGAACACCGUCUUCGGUAGAUUUAAGUUAGGGUUGUCGUAUCGUAGGUCAUGGCGACAGCAGAGAUCGAGGCGGCCAUGGCGUCGAUCCCUUCGAAGAAGGAGGAGCUCCGGAAGGCCUUCGAGGCCCUCCAGGCAUUCUCGUCCUGCCUGGCAUCGUUCACCCUCAAGUGGAAGGACCUAGAGGAUCAUCUCUCCUCGAUUGAAAGCCUCAUUGGUGACCGCCUCCGCGAACUCGACUCCAAGUCCCACUCCUCUGUGAAGGCGGAGGCCAACCCGGAGACUGCGCCGGAGGUCGUACCCCGGCGUCAGCUCAGCUCUCUAUGCGUCAACAUGGAUGGCGUGGGACUGAGAUCGUACAUCAUUGUGAACCGGAACGAUAUCGCCGAGAUACGGAAAGAGCUCGGUGCUGCCAUUCGGUCCGCACCAGACCCAGCUAAAUUGGUCCUUGAUGCCAUGGACGGGUUUCACCGCCCAAGAGCCGAAGGAGAGAAGGAUGGGGAUGUGCAGGUGAUUAAGAGGACUUGUCUGAGUCUUUUGGAGCAGGUCCAGAUCUUGGCACCUGAAAUAAAGUCUUCUGUGAAGGAUCAGGCCAAGAAAGUAGCGGUGGAGUGGAAAGGUCAGAUUUUGGAUGACAGUGAUAAAGGGAUGGAUGCUUUUGCUUUCUUGCAGCUCUUGGCAACUUAUAGGUUGGCUUCGGAGUUCAAUACGGAUGAAAUCCUGGAUCUUUUUGUUUUGAUUUCACGGAGGAAGCAGGCUCUUGAACUUUGCAAGAGACUCGGUCUUGUCCAAAAUAUGUCCGAUCUAAUUCAGAAACUGAACAGCAAGAGCAGACAACUUGAGGCUAUCAAAUUUGUCCAUGCUCUUGACUUAUUUGACAAGUACCCUCCAGUACCUCUCUUGGAAGCCUACCUAAGAGAAUCCAGAAAGACUGCUCAAGGAGCACGAAAGAGAGGAAAUAAUUCUAGUCAGUUACAGAAUGAGGCCAUUUCCAAAGAGCUUGCUGCUGCGAAAGCGGUGAUUAAAACUGUUGAGGAAUGCAAGCUUGAAUCUGAGUUUUCGUGUGAGGAUCUUCAGAAGCGUAUUACUCGGUUGGAGCAACAAAAGGCAGACAAGAAACGAACUGCGACAGCUGCUACUGCCACGAAUUCAAGAACUUCGAAGCAGCAGCAGCCUUCCAAUAAACGGCCUCGAUCAUCUACAACUUUAUCAUAUCCUGUUCGUUCUCACCCUCUUCCUUCAUGUGCCCAAAAUCAGUCCCAUUUGGGUUUGACUGAGCAGCAAUCAUCAUAUGCGGGUUUGGGUCGGUCCUAUGGCCUUACUACAACUGCAGCUCUGUAUGAUGUUGCACUCCCUAGUAUUCCUGGAACCAUCGAACUGAGUGGAAAACCUUCACCAAGGUCUUAUCUUUAUCCAUCAGAGUUCCAUGCUAGCUCCAGUUUGUACAACAGGCCAGCAUCCUACGGCGGCUACCCCAUGUCUGGUUUGGGAACAAGUUAUGGCUCAUCUUUUUACCCACUAGGAUAUCAAAAGUGAAGUUGCUUCUUCACUGAACUUGUAAUAUGCCUGCCAUAUCCUUGGCCUAGUUGCCUUUUGUUUAGAUCAACUUACAAGUGGAGACUUUUGGUUCUUUAUGUUGCAGUGCUCUCAGUGAAGCUGAUCAAAUCAUAUGGAAUACCAUUUAGGAAUUGGAAACAAAUAUUUGUUUUGUUUCAAAUUUUGUAUUUUAGGUUGGUAACCAUAAGAUGUAUACUUCAUUAAAAUAUAAUUUUGGUCUGUUCAAAUUAUUUGUUAUGCUUAUAUAUAAUUACGAGUUUUAGGAUGUUGCUUCUUAUGGUUGAAACAUGAUAAGCAAUAUAUUGGUUCCUGUGGCUGUUGCUUCUCAUAGACAGAAAUUUGGCUAGCAGCAUGCAGCAUGUUAGUUGGUGAUUAUGUUAUCCUAUAUUUGAAGAUCUUGAUAUCUAUAUAUCCGGUUGCAAAUUUGUGGUCAUUGUUUCUCUGGUUUAGGAUUUGAUGCAACAUCUCCAGCCUGGUUGGCAAUUAUAAUGUGAAGCCAGUCCUCCUGGUCAGCAAUCAACAAAGAUGGAAGUAAAAAAGAUAAUGCUAUUCUCGCGACAAUCCGCAUGAGUGUUUUCACUGAUUGAUUGGGAUGAUAAUGUAAACUUUGAGGCAUUUUGGGUGUGUUUGGUGUCACGUAUGUUUGACAUCCUAGUGUAUCUAGUCUUUCCAUUAUUAUUGACUCUGUAUUUUAGUUUUAGAGUUGAUAGUGGUUCUUAAGAGUUGUUGUCUUAUAGAAUCAAUCAUUUACAAGAUGAUGAGUACUGUAAUAUAAUGCGGAUUAAUGAUGGUGGCUACACAUAUCUUCUUUUUA